GCCCGACUGGGUCACGCUGCAAUCCGACCGGAUGUUUUGCGUCGCCAGUAUGUGAUGGGAUUGUUUGUUCGUCUUCUUUUCGGUCUCAAAGCUGAUCGUGCGGCUCCGGCGGCGGCCCAGACCGGGCUCCGACGAGUCGAGCUUUGUGAGAGGGCAGCAGUCAGCCCGGUGUGCUGGAUGUCUGCGUCAGAUCCAUGGGUCAGAAGGACCAUGUGGAGGCAGGAGUGGGCCAUGUCCUUGACCCGGGGCUGGAUUUGGAGUAUCUCCAUGUAGCGGGGGCGGACCGGCAGGCUGGCGGUGCUGACGGGCUCCCUGCAAUGGAGGAGCAGGGGGAGAGCUCCGGUAAUAGCAGCAGUGCCACUUCUUCUUCUUCUUCUUCUUCUUCUUCGGCUGAGGUGGAGGAAAGUGCUGAACCUGAUGUGGAGUGUGAGACGGCGUUGUCUUGCAGCUCCACCCUUACUGCUGGUCCUGAUGCGGAUGGAGGAGAGGGACUGGCGACUCACAGCAAGAACACGCACCAGCUGCUUUGUCGGACCCAGUGUGUGGACCUGGGCACCGAAGGGCCUCCCGAGCCCCCUCCUGAACUCUCAUCAGAGCUUGAACAUGACACUCUGGCCCCACCCAGCUCCCUGUGUGAGAACCCACCGGACGCUCUGUCUCAUCCCUCCAAAUCAGAGGUGGUGCCAGAGGCUGGUGGGAAGGAGUACCAGGCUAAGCUGGAGUUUGCCCUGAAGCUGGGCUACUCCGAGGAGACGGUGCGGCUGGUGCUGUCCAAGCUGGGACCUGACACUCUGAUCAAUGACAUACUGGGCGAGCUGGUCAAACUGGGCACCAAGUCAGAUGGCGAGCAGGCGUCAGGAUCGUUAGCCUCCACCUCGUCCUCUUCGUCCUCCUCUUUGACCUGUGGUUGUGCUGAUUUGCCAGACGGCCAGAGGUUGGAGUCUCCCUGUCCUUCAGACUGUCUGUGUGACCGGGACAACCUGCGGCCGAUUGUGGUGGAUGGAAGCAACGUAGCCAUGAGUCACGGCAACAAGGAAGUGUUUUCAUGCCAGGGCAUCCAGCUGGCUGUCGACUGGUUCCUAGAGCGUGGCCAUCAUGACAUCACAGUGUUUGUGCCAGCAUGGAGGAAAGAGCAGUCUCGUCCUGAUGCACCUAUAACAGAUCAGGAGAUCCUGCGCCGCCUAGAGAAGGAGAAGAUCCUGGUCUUCACUCCCUCACGGCGCGUUCAAGGCCGCCGUGUGGUCUGCUACGAUGACCGCUUCAUUGUCAAGCUGGCGUACGAGUCCGACGGCAUCAUAGUGUCCAACGACAACUACCGAGACCUGGCUAACGAGAAGCCUGAGUGGAAGAAGUUCAUAGAUGAGCGGCUGCUCAUGUAUUCCUUUGUCAAUGACAAAUUCAUGCCCCCUGAUGACCCUCUUGGCCGUCAUGGCCCCAGCUUAGACAACUUCCUGAGGAAAAGACCUGUCAUGCCUGAGCAGAAGAAACAGCCUUGUCCAUACGGAAAAAAGUGCACUUACGGCCACAAGUGCAAGUACUACCACCCAGAAAGAGGCGCUCAGCCUCAGCGUGCUGUGGCUGACGAGCUGCGAGCCAGCGCCAAGACCUGUGUCACCACAAAGAACCAGGGAGACGCUGGGCUGGUGAAGAGCCACAGUGUGCCAGCUGGCAGCAUUGAGACAAAAAAAGGCGCGCCAAAAAGGCAGUCAGACCCCAGCAUCCGAGCUCUGUCGUACAGCGAUGCAGAGGAGAAGCUGCUGGCAAAAGGGAGGGCGGAAAGCCAAAAGAGCAGCUUGAGUAGUGGUAGCAGCAGCAGCAGCAGCAGCAGCAGCAGCAGUAGUAGUAGUAGUAGUAGUAGCAGUUCAAGCAGCAGCAGUUGCAUCGGGAGCAUCACCAUGUCCCCAGCCCCAGGAGGCCCUCCAUCCAAUCUCAGCCUCUCCCAAGACCCACAGACCAGAGCAGCCACUCCUCACAGUCUCCUUCCAGCCCCCAGCCAUGACAUCUACCAUCACUGUGAGUCCCCAGACCUCAGCUACUACUCAGUAACACGUGCCUACUCAGGCCUGAGCCUGUCCUCCAGAAGGAGCCCCGACUGUCGCUUCCCCAGUGACGUAGACCUGCGGUUAGGCUCCAUGGGCUCAGCAGGCUCCGAAUGUGGCAGUGAAAGCGGCGCAAGCUGCGGUAGCAGCUGUGACUCGUAUGGCGAGAGGCCGUGUCCCGGGUGCCCCUCGGACACCUUACUGGAAGACAACAUCCAUUUCCCUAACCCCCACAGCCGGCUGUAUCCCCAUCAUGCUGCAUCGAGCCGUGAACUCUGUGGCCUUCAUCCUGCCGAUUACACAAAUAUCCCACACAGCCACACGUCCGAUUCCGGCGUUCACAGUUAUCACCUGAGUGUGGCACACGGGCAGAGCCGUGCUCGAGACCAGCCACCACCAGAGGCUCCCCCAAAGCGCCCCCUCUACCCCUUACCCCCACAUCUCCAACACCAACCGCUGGCUGCACGCUCCAGCUGCCCAGGCGACUACCACUCUCUGCCCCAGACCAACCCUCACCCCCCUGGCUCUCCCCUUGGCCGCUGCCUGGCUCCCACGCGAGCAGAGAGUGUGUCAGACUCGCAUCUGUAUGAACACCUCUCUACUUCUCACCAUCACCACCGACCAAAGGCUUUGCCCAGCUGGGACACGUACUACAGACAGCCGCCGUUGCCACCUUCCGGGUACGAGCCUUCUGCCUAUCAGAGUCUGCCAGACACACGUCAGUCAUCCUGGCACGCCCCUCCCUGGCCACAGGAUGGCUACACCCAGCGCCACUCCUCCCACCCAGCUCUCCACCCAUCCCCAACGCAUUACCUAAACCAGCCCCCACCUCCAGCUCGCUCUCCUCACCCACCUCAUCCAUCCAGCACUCCUCUCCCACCUUACCCGCCUCACAGCGCUCACCUGACAGUGCCCUCCCACGCACCUCCCUCCUACAUGCCACAGCACCCAGAAUCCCCUGCACACAGCCACUAUGGGGACAUGAGGGAGAAAGUGUACAUCAACUUGUGUAACAUCUUUCCCUCAGAGCUUGUGGGCCGGGUGAUGGCCAGGAGCCCCCACGUCACUGACCCCCAGCAGCUGGCAGCCGCCAUCCUGGCAGAGAAGGCCCAGACAGGCUACUGAAGAAUGAUGGGAAAAGUUGUCCACUGCUCAGGACUCUGUGGGAGGGCAGGAGAACACAAACAAAUUGGUUAGCAUCAGCAGACAAACAGGAAUUUGCCUUUGCAACACAUGAAAGCAUGUCAGGUUUGCAUAGUGGAAUACUGGAACACUUUUGGAUUGUCUGAAAGGAGGGCAUUUUCUUUUCUUAUGACAUUAAUGAGACAAUGCUGAGUUUAGAAGGAAAUAAAAUGCUGAAGAUAAUCCAAAUCCAGCUCCAGUCACUGCACAGCGACAACGAAACCAACUCAACUUUAAAAACAGUUUGAGGACCUGCUCUAUUUUUUGGUUUGUUAUUUAUUUAGUAGCUUAUUACGUGUGUCUUUCACAGGCAAGACUUGUUAUGCAUCAACAUUUAAAGGCACUUUUCAUUUUACAGCCCAAUCGUAACCUCAUGCACCGGUUUCACGUGCAUGAAAUGUGACUGAUAAGAAGGAUUAUUUAAGCAGUUCCACCACCUUCGUGACUACAAUCUGAUUCGGAGGAGAUAUGCACACACAUUAUGUGCACUGUACAGACCUGAGUCAAACAGUGUUUGAAAAUAUUUUUUGACUAUAAAUACAUAUUCUAAGUUAAUGUCAUAUACUUUCCUGUGCUUUUCUUCAUUUGAGGGGUGUCCAAUCCCCGUCUGCUACUCUUACUGUCACUGUAAGACAGUUUGACUGUUUCAAACUACUAUUUGACCAAGGUCUAAUUAUAUUAAUCUCUUUGUGUGUGCUUUGUGGUCGUUGUGUGGGGUUUUUACCAUGUUGGUUACAAAAAAAAAAAAAAAAAAGGUGUCUGAAAGAUAGUCGUCUUAUUUGAGAUGACGUCCGUAUUUUGGUCAGAGAUGUAGCUGUAGAGAUGGGUGACCCUGUCGUGUGUACCUUAGUUUUAGUAAGGGACAUCUCUCUCUCUAUCUUUCUCUAACUCUCUCUCUCUCUCUCUCUCUCUCUCUGGCCCUUUAUUGUGGGCCGACUCUGGUUUCUGCUACAGACACAGAACAUCUCGACAUCAGCUGACGAAACAUGUAUGUAUUGUAAAUAUAUUUAACACAUUUCCCCUGCUGUGCUUUUGGCUGACAGCGCCUGCUGUCGUCUGUAGCAGAUCCCAGCUGAAUCCAUGCUAGACAGAGAAAAACCUUGUUUGAUACAAAUUGUAUCAUGAACUAAGUCGCUGAUGUUAUAUACAGUACAUGGACUUGUUGAUCCGUAUUUAUCAAACACUCUUGAUGUAUUGCUAUAUGAUGAAGUGCGUUGACAACACAUGUUCCAACUUUUAAUCUUGUGGAAAUAGCUUUGAGACAAUUACUUCAAAUACGUUAUGAGACAAAAGGAGUUGUCCGCCUACUAUGUUUAGGUAUCGUAACUUCUUUACCUGCGCUUUUGGGUUUGAAGCUGGCUUAUUUUCUACAGGAGCUCCAGUUACAUCACAAGUGAGAAAUGUGUUUUGCUUUACUGGUUGACAGACAUCACUGCCCGUUUAAGAACAAAGGCCAAUGAGUCUGUUUUUCUCCACGGUGCUCGGGGGUUGGGGUCAGUUCAUUUUAAAGCUUCUUUUAGAUUUUUUAUUAAGUCAGGAAGUGACUGAAUAAACAUGACAUUAAACAACCUGUUAUUCCUGUAAAUUGCAAAAUUGAGUGGACAGACCCCAACCAUGUGUAAUAAGUUCAGUUUUAUAUUUGGGUCACUCCCAUAUCCCAUGGCAGCCAUUUUGAAGGCCUAUAAUGUCCUACUGAGGCUCCACCUCCACCAGGAUUCACUAAUAGAUGCAAUAUUUGCAGUAAAGCUGUUUUUGACUGAGGUCUUUUGAUAGAAUCAUAAAUUAUCAAAUAGACAUUUGAUAUUUUAGGGACGACAUUUCCAGACAUCUUUGGCCACGGUGCAUUACAGGGUGGAAGCCUGAAUAAAUGACACGUAAACAAAAGGUUCAGAUUCAGCACGCACAGGUUUAAUUAGUGGGACAUUAAAUAUUCUGAAUGCUAUUUGCCUUGAUUGCAGUUUUUUGACCUACAUAUUUGGCCAAAUUACAAAGUUUAUCUACUGUAUCAAUCUGAAUUCCUGUGUUUAAGUACUCACUGAUAAAUGUAUGUCAGCUUCUGUAAGGUGAUUAGCUGGACACAGCAUGGUUAUACCUGGCCAGGUAGAGCCCAUUGACGGUGUAAAGCCAGUUCAAAAUGGCCGCCAUGGAAUUAAAGUCUACACGGUGAGCUCGUCACUCAGUUCAUCACAAGCCAGCUACAUAAAGCCCGCCGGUGUCUUUCCCGUCUGACGUGUCUCAUUGUACAAAUAAUGAAUAACUGUACGAUAACACGUGCUGUGGAUGAGAGAGAACCUUUGUGUGUAUCGAAGAAGCGCCUCCUCUCUGGCCUCCUGGCACUGUGUGUCAGUGUGGCACCCGAGCGUGGGCCCAAAGUAAUGCCUCUUCAUGGCAUUGUGCUUAUGACACAUCCAAUACUCUGAACUAUGUUCAGCUAACUGUUAUGCAUGUUUUGAUUUGUUUUGGUUUCUGCAUGUAUUAUUGUGUUUGAUUUGUCUACAAAGCUGUGUUUUCUCUUGUGGAUGUUAGUCUGGCUGUUACUGUGACAUGAUACUAGCUUUUGAGAAGCUUCUAGGUUUAACUGUACACACGGCUGACUUUUUUUCUCUGCUUGAUAACGUUUUAUUUCAUAUAUCACUUAGUAGUAGUUUCAUUAAAGCGCCCUUCUUUAACAAACAGUUGAAGUCGAGUGGGAAGGCUGUCUUGUUUUCAGGAAAACUUUACAUUAACAAUAAAAAAUCAGGAAGCAUGUUUUGGGAGGCGUCCCAACACGAUGGUACAUGAUGAUGGAAGCCAUCACGGUUAAUUGACUUCUGUGCUGUAGAUAUUACAAUGCUGUACAGGCCAUU